CAUUUACCUGGAUAUAAAAAAGAAAUAAUUGCUUGAAUUACUCAUCUAUUUCAAAUAUUUGAAGAAAUAAUUGAAAAUAUAACAAAAAAUUUUGCCAUGGAUAGUUUUACGGAAUUAUGAAACACUUACUGGAAAAUUAGUUCCAACUUAAAGAAGAAAAAUCGUGAAAUAGCAGAUAAAAAAGUGAAAACAACAAAAAGAUCGCGAAAAACAUAAAAAGUGCAGUCAUGAAAUCAAUGGUACUUCAUUGGUCAAUCUUCACGCUGUCAACACAACUAAUUCUUUGUGCAUCGAUUUAUUCAAACAUCGACACAAUACCAUUAAAUGAUCGAUUACUGACACCCACAAGAAAUGAGAUAUUUUGUAAUAGUCAGGAACAAGACAAAUUUCUCCCGGAUCGUGGACCUGAAUCAACUUUACUUAUGGAUUUAGAUCCGGGAAAAUCAAUGAGCUCAUGCAAGCGAUUUUUCACUGCCCCAGACUCAACUGGAUUGUUCAUCCGCUUAAUUAGAUUGAAUAACUCCGCACAUGAUGCAAUUAGGAACUUCAGACGACACAACAUCACAGAAUAUUGUCCAAUAAGUAUUACUCCUUUGGGAGAUGAACAUCAAUCACCGUGGCGUUUCGAUCCUUGUCAGAUGGAGGCGAAUGAUGAGCCAACGAAAAUUCUACAGGGUCGUGUAAAGAUUCUUUGGGUUCAUGGAUCAAAUCAUCCAAAUUACAAACUAAGCGUCACUGUAGUGUCAAAAAAUGACGCUUGUAGAGAUAGAAGCAAACACGCUUGUCUGAAAUUUGGUGAUGAGCCAUUGCUGUGCAUAUCUGACGACUUAAUAUGUGAUGGUAUAAGACAAUGUCCAACUGGGAGUGGAAUGCUUGACGAUGAAGACGUACAAAUGUGCAGACAACAUCGAUUUGAUGACCAAGACUUGAGAAAUAAUAACUUUCAAAAAUCUUCAAUUUGGCAACAUUUGACACUUGGAAUUUUUCAAAACAUUUUCGGUUCAAUUGAGUCGACAUCAGCAAUGGCAGCUUUAAAUCCAUUGCCAUCACAUCCAGACACAGACGUUCGUCCAACUCUUGCUACUCAUUUGUACAAUGAUCUCAGAAAUGUGGAAAUGAAUGAACGAGUAAACAUAAAUAAUCAGCAGCCGAAAAUAAGGAAUCCUGAACCUCCUGAGAUGAGGUUCAUUAAGACACCACGUAGAAAUACGAGUAAAAAUAGUUUAUCACGUUAUGGUUCAUGGGGAUAUAUGAUGCUUGGAAUGCUGAUGUGUUCAGUUGUCUUACUUAUGUGCGGUAUUUGGGAAUGCAUUCGAAGAGUUCAGAAGAAUGACGUACUUGAACAGUUCAAUAACAAUGGAGAACCCAUGGAGACAAUGUCAACAGAGAGAGAUGAAGACAAUAAUUGUCCACAAUAUGAUCCACCCCCGCCUUAUUCUUCUCUCUUUCCUUUAGCGAAAGAUUUUUGUACGUCGACAAGUAAUUCAGAUAAUUCUGCUCCACCUUCGAUUUAUUUCACUGCUUCAUCGGCAGCUUUCUUACCAUCAGCUCCUUCAUCACCAAAUUCAAUAGAAGCUCAAUCUCAACUACCUCAGAACAGUCAGAGUCGAAGAACUUUAAGAGUAAGUUCAGACAAUUCAUCUUCAAGUCCAGCAUAAUUCAAGAAGCUUUAAACCAUACAACACUUACCAAAACUUGACUGAUUUAUUUAGUAAAAAUUUAAGAUGAAGAUAAAAACUUAGAAUUGUAAUUAUUCGACUUACUUAUGAUCGACGGUGUGAAAGAAUUGAAAGAGAAAAUGAAAUCAGCAGACAGAAAUGCUGUAACCAAAACUGUUGAUUGUGAUAUAUUUAGUUUAAUUAACUUUUUUCUGUAAUGAUUCGAAUCAAAUUAGGACGCGACAAUAAA